CAUCCUUGGUCCUGGGCUGGCGUGCCCAUUUAGUCUCAUUUUGUUGAUUUUUUUUUUUUUUUAAGGCCCCCCAGAGGCUUCUGAUGAGUACUCAGGGUUCAGAACCAUUGUUACCCUAACCCCAGCAUUCUACAAAUGCAUAAACUGAGGUCCUAAAAGGGUAGACUCUACUUAAAGAUAUAAAAGUGGCACAGUAGGUUGGAAAAACAAUAUCCUGACUUCCCAUUUGGUGCUUUUUACAAUUCAAGCUGCUAUUUUUUGUAAAACUACUUAUUUCUGCUCUGAUGCUUAUGGCCUGUCGAUUACUAGUGUGCGUCCUUAUACAACUUACUCUCUCAUCUACAAAAUAACAGUGCCUACCUGGUAAGAGUUCCUGUGGGGAUUAAGCAGUAUAUUCAUCAAGUAAUGCACUUAACACAGUGCCUGGCAAAUAGUGAGUGCUCAUUAGCUAGGUACCUAGCCUGUUGAAAACAAAGCAUGCCUAUUUUAACCGGAGAGGUUUUACUGAACCACCCCAAUUUAAAAAUGAACGAGAAAUGCACGUUUAACUUUGGAAGUCCAAAAGGACUUUUAACUCAGAGCCCAGUUUAAAGUCACGGUAUCUAAUGUCUUGCUUUUUCCAGUUAGGAUCUGCUUAUGUCAAAACUUAGUUCACUUCACAAAGAAUAAUGUGUCAAAGGUGAAGGUCAGAAGUUUGUCUGAUUCUUGCAUCUUAGGAUGCCUCAAAAUCAUACAGUGAAUUAAUAAUCUCUGGAUGACCACCAGAACCUGCAUUUUUGAAAAGCCCCUUCCCCUAUAACUGGGUGUUUCUCAGGCAAACCAAGGUUUGGUAACCACUGGUGUACAGAAUUCGUGACCACAGCCAAUGGUCUCUCAAGUUCUCCCAGCAAGAAAGUAUCGUGCGCUGUAACCAGAAAAGCAGCGUCAUCCAGACCCUGAUGCAAACAACAGCUGGCCCCGGCUGUGCAGAGUAACCGUAGGGACAACCUGGGUAGGCUUCGACCCUCUCGCCCCCAUGGCUGACACUGCUGCCUAGACAGCCAGGAGGAAUGAAGUUUUAUUCAACAGACUUCUUCCCAGGGACGAGGCCAGAAGAAGGCGACCCUGCGUGGCUGAGCAGGCCCGAACGGCGCCAGAAGGUUAACGAUCCGCUUGCCCUGUUCCUCGUAAUAGACAAAAACCACCACUCCACAAUCCAGCUGCCGGAAGUGCAUCACCCAGCCUGCUGAGGAUGCCGGGAGUUGUAGUUAAGUGGCUACUUCUGUCACACCCAGUUCAUCUUUUUUCAGACAAGCAAACAAACACCUUAGAACACUAAAAAAGGUCGCCUUAUGCCCAACAUGUGUAAUAUUCCUUUCCCCUUCCAGUUGACAAACGGAACGCUCACAAAGUGCAUGCGGAAUACUGGACUACAAGUCCCAGCAUGCUUAGCACGCCUCCCGAAGCACCCGGCCACCGUCUUAGAUACGGGCCGCAUGAAUGGAGCGUGGGGCGUAAGGCAAAGCCUGGCACCGUCCGUGCGGCCGGUACCUGCUCCUGGAGCGUGAGUGCAGGGAGUGGGCCGUGCGCGUGCGCGCUCGGAAGGGGCGCGAGGCAGCGCGCCAGGCGGUUGCCGGCGCGUGGUUGCUGAGGUUGGCGGCAGCGGCGCCGCGCGCCCGACGGGCUGGUAGUUACGGGGCCUCUCGCCUCGCUCCGGGCUGCGGGCAGCCGUGGCGGCCGCCGGGGACCGCAAAGGGCGGAGGAAAGCUGGGGGCGCUGGGAGCCGGCCCCGGCACGCGGAGGAACAGCCGAGCAUGCCCCGAGACAACAUGGCCUCCCUGAUCCAACGGAUCGCCCGCCAGGCGCGCCUCACCUUCCGGGGCAGCGGGGGCGGCCGCAGCGCUUCCGACCGCGGCGCGGCGCCAGGCCCCGAGGCGCCGAUGCCGCCGGGCUUCCCAGAGAACCUGAGCAAGCUGAAGAGCCUGCUGACCCAGGUCCGCGCUGAGGACCUGAACAUCGCCCCGCGCAAGGCCACGCUGCAGCCACUGCCGCCCAGCCUGCCGCCCGUCACCUACAUGCACAUCUACGAGACGGACGGCUUCAGCCUCGGCGUGUUCCUGCUCAAGAGCGGCACAUCCAUCCCACUGCACGACCACCCAGGCAUGCACGGCAUGCUUAAGGUGCUGUACGGCACUGUGCGCAUCAGCUGCAUGGACAAGCUGGAGGCGGGCGGCGGGCAACGGCCGCCGGCUCCUCCGUCUGAGCAGCAGUUCGAGCCGCCGCUGCAGGCCUGGGAGCGGGACGCCGUGCAGCCGGGCGUGCUGCGCUCGCGGGCCGAGUACACUGAGGCCAGCGGCCCCUGCAUCCUCACGCCGCACCGGGACAACCUGCACCAGAUCGACGCAGUGGACGGGCCAGCUGCCUUCCUGGACAUCCUGGCCCCGCCCUACGACCCCGACGACGGCCGAGACUGCCACUAUUACCGGGUGCUGGAGCCCGUCAGGCCCAAGGAGGCCUCCAGCUCGACCUGUGACCUGCCCCGAGAGGUAUGGCUCCUGGAGACGCCGCAGGCUGAUGACUUCUGGUGCGAGGGAGAACCCUAUCCAGGUCCCAAGGUCUUCCCGUGAAGCCGCUGGCGCCCGGGAACGGCGGCCCGAAGACGUGCCCCAUCCCGAUCUGGCCUGGCUGCCCGCGACCCACCACAAGGGCUCUCUCCCUAAUCCCCUGUUUUGGCGUUGGAUGUACUGGAACGGGCCGCAACCGCUUCCUCGGGAGUCUUGGGAAGUGCGGGCGACUGGACAGCAGCCACCCGGCACGGUUAUGCGGGCGGGGUAGGCGGGGAGACUAGGUUGUUUCCUGGCUCUGUCACUGCCACCAGGGUUUUGAUUUGGAGGAGGAGGUGAGGCAGGGGCCUGUCUGAAGCGCUUCCAUCCUAAAGCCAUAAUGAAAAUAUUCUUUCUCUGUUCCUCACCCAAAAUACAAAUUCAGUUCAAAAUACACUAGGUUUUUUUUUUUUU